CUGUCAAUGAAAUUUCGAAUUGUAGAAUAUGUGGGUGUGACUGAGAACUAUAAGAACAGGAGAACCAUUGUGAACCAUCAUAUUCACUCACUGGUCAUCAUCUUCACAUACUGCUUCAGUUCCAUUUGGAGAGCAAGGAUGCAGUCUGUGGUGCUCCUGGUGGUCCUGGUUCUUUCUGUGGCAUUUGUCGUCUCCAAACCAGUAGCCAAUGAUGGUGGGGCGGAUGUAGACAAUGGGUUUGAGGCCUGGAAGACUCAGUUUGGGAAGAGUUAUACAUCAGCAGAGGAGGAGUCCAGACGGAAGUCUAUCUGGUUGGUCAACAAGAAAAUGAUUGAGGAACACAACAAGCGAGCUGAUAAUGGACUGGAAUCCUACACAAUGGGCCUCAACUUCUUCUCUGAUUUGGAGAGUAAGGAGAUCCCGAUGGGUCUCAAGCCACCUCAAGGAGCCUCUUCCAGUCCGCUUAACAAACAGCUGAGUCUAAUACGUGUAAGAAGGUCAAGAAUAGCACCUCCCCGAUGGCCAACUGGCAAUAAGCCAAAUAGGCAGAGGCCCCGUCAUCCACCCCCGCACCGCAUGCUUCCGGAAGAUGCUCACCCACCCCCAUCCGAGAUACCCACAACACCUGAGCCCGCAACACCUGAUCCCAUACGAUAUGACGAGAAGGAGCACCUUUUCCCACACCACCUGAACAACCAUCCAUUCCAUUCACAUGAAAAGUUUCUGGAAGAUGCUCACACACCCCCAUCCGAGAUGCCCACAACACCUGAGCCCCCAACACCUGAUCCCAUACGAUAUGACGAAAAGGAGGACCUUUUCCCACACCACCUGAACAACCAUCCAUUCCGUUCCCCCCCAGCUGUGCUCUUUACAGGGAAGAGGUAUGCAUCAGCAGAGGAGGAGUCCAGACGGAAGUCUAUCUGGUUGGUCAACAAGAAAAUGAUUGAGGAACACAACAAGCGAGCUGAUAAUGGACUGGAAUCCUACACAAUGGGCCUCAACUUCUCUGAUUUGAUUAUACUAGUCUAUUUAAAUAACGUUUGCGUCAACAUACAAUUACUCAGCGAAGAGCAAGGUCUGCGUUUUUUCGCAGUGGACUCUCUGUUACCGGUGCGAAAGACCUCCGAGAAAAAAAGAUUGAACAUGGAGACAGAGACUUGUCCAGAACAUCUGCCUAACCUUCAAUCCACUGACGAUCUAGACAGAGAGUUUGAAGAGUGGAAACAAAAAUUUGGGAAGACCUAUGCUAGUGCUGAGGAGGAGGCCAGGAGGAAGCAGCUGUGGUUGAAGACCAAGAAGACGGUGACUGAGCACAACAUCCUAUAUGACAAAGGCCUGACCACAUUCACCAUGGGCAUAAACCAGUUCGCUGACAUGCUGCAUUAUGAAGUCUGCUGUGGUCAUCGGAGUUACCCCCAGAACUGAUGAAGGAAAAAACCCUGAUGAUAGACAGUGGUAGCAGGGUCCUGAACACUGUGGAACCAUUGUUAAGGACCUGGUAUCCAGACAGACCUCCUUUACAGAGACACAGCGGCAAUAUCCUAGUCAUGACCGGGCAUGCAGGGGUCAAAUAUUGAAUUAAAUCCAACAUAUAAGUGUGUCGUAUCGAAAUCAUUGUAUAUAGAAAAUAUAUGAAAUAAGAAACAAAUGUAAUGUGUCAUUUGUAAUAUUUUCGUGAGACAACGUUCAAUGUGUGGUGCACCUGAAGGUAAAGAUGCUCUGAAAAGUAUGAGAAACAAAUAUGUUAAUGUAUUAAUUGAUGUGCUACAAUGUUAAUUAUUUAUACAUCUGGAAUAAGAUUUAAAAUCUGCAGGUAGUUGGUUAGUGCUUCCUUUGGAAAGGUCCAAUCGUUUUCUUUCCAUUCAAUCAUUUUGCCGUGUUGCUUGUUUUAUUAUAGACCCUCCUGCACCUAAGCAUUCUGCACACAUUCAGUGUGUGUGGUUCUUGUUGAUGUAACAUUCGGAAGGUUUACCACAACAUAGACCUGAACCAGAUGUUGUCUCUUAGUCACAAAGAUGGCAAAAGUACACAUAUCCUUCACUCAAGUAGAAGUACAGAUACUCAUGUUUGAAACGACUCUGGUUAAUAGCAUUUCAACAAUUUCUCACGCUAAGAAAUAAGGGAUAAACUAGUCCGCUGUAUACAAUUAAUGGACGAGGCGCAGGCUGUGGGAAGAUGUCAGCCAAUCAUAGUUGUCUCGACUUAUACAGAGUUUAGGUUAUACAUAGCAAGGACAGACAUUUGUCAGACACUUUCAGCCAUGUAACAGGGAGAUCACAUAUUCUGUCGACAGAUAUCAGGUCCAGAUGUGAAAAGUUUUGAGAAAAAUAUUAAAACCUUUCAAAACAGUUUUUUCAAAACUUUCUUUACAAAAUAUAUAUAUAUUUUCAAAUAAGUUCAAGAAUAAGUUAUGCUAAAUAAUUGGAGUACAAAUAUAUACUUGGAAUUGGAUCAAAAGACCCGGGGCUAGUACAAAUACCCACUUAGUCAUGACCGGGCAUGCGGGUG